AUGCCACAUCCACGCGGAGAAGGCCCAUAUCUGAACACUAAAUUUCUGCCCUCGACGCCCUCAUCGCCUCUUCCACCGUCAAUACAGCAGUGCAUCAUGCCCACGCCGACACGCUCCAACUGGUACAGCACAACUCCGCAGGAAAUGACGGACGGCACAAGCGACAAUGACGAUGAGUCCGUAUGGGGCAACCUCCCAGAUCUCGAGGAGGUGGACGACAGAUAUCCCGCGCCAUCGUUGGGGCUCCCUAACGGCAACGGGAUUGUAUUCCUUGGGUUCACAGAUAUAGAUGGCCAUCAUUUUGAUCACAUCCGGAACAUGGAGGCACAGAAUAUCGAGAAUAUCUCAAGGUUGGCCGCCUUUUUUCGCUUGAUCGAUCCUCCGACCAUAACGGGCCCCAUCGAGAUGACCCACACCGUCACCGGGCCUGUUCCCGCCCUGGAGCCAGAGCGCACCCUUGCCACGGAGAUCGAGUCUCUGUACUGGCGUGCAAGCGACUACGCGCUGCAAGCGGAGGAAGCUCGCGAUGAGCUCGAAAGCCAGGACCCGGAGGAGGUUCGGACCCUCACGGCCGAGGGUCUGAGAGCGCACCAGGAGCUCAUGGAUCUCCUCGCACGCCAGGCGGAAUCGUGCGAGCUCAUGCGCGACCAGCUCGAACAGCACGCACGCCUUCUUGAGGACGCUCAAGCUCUGGGCAUGACGGAUGAAGAGUGGCGCGCCGUGGAGGCUCGGUACGCUCCGGAGAACUAG